GUCUAUGUUUACGGCUAUAAUGAUAAUAAACCGGUCUUUAACCAAACAAAUUACUUAGCCUCCAUGGUAGAAAAUUCACCACCAGGUAUAUUUGUUGUACAAGUCGGAGCAACAGAUAUUGAUGCUUGUCGCGGCAAUACUAUCAGUUAUGCAAUUGUUCAAGGCAAUGAAAAAGGCAAAUUCACUAUUGAUGCUGUUACGGGUUUAGUGACAACAACCCAAUCAUUUGACUAUGAACAACAGUCAUCCUAU